AUGAUCGCCCAGCACACCAUGAAAACGAGCGCGGCCAUAGCGAAAGGAGCGACAAUCAUGCGCCUCAGUCUGAGCUUCUGGUGGUACGGUCUGAGCCAGCGACGAUUCAGCUUGGUCGCCCUCAAAAGCACCUGGGCCAGGACAACGAGGCCCAUCGGCACCAAAGAGAAGAACGCCGUCAUCCCAAUGACCGAGAGGAAACCCAACCCUCCCUCCGGCCUUUCUCCAGGCACCUCGACGUACUUGGUGGUGCUGACGCAGAACACGCCCACGCACUGCAUCGUCUCGCGUCCCCACAUCAUGCCAAGGCUGCCGGCAACAACAAAGGCGGUACCCAGUGCACCAAAGAGAAUCAGCCCCAAUGUGCCGCUCCACAGGCGCAUCAGCACGCUUGCACCCACAUACAACAGCGUCACGCCAGAAGAGCCAAACAUGGUGAACAGCAGCAAGCCAAUGAACGUGAAUACAUCGUAG